AUGGCGCCAAUACCAAAAACGACACGCAUAAAAUCCUGCACGAAACAGAGCCAAACCCGCUUCCGUUCUCUCCGUUGCUUAUCGAUUUUGGAAUUUGGACAGUCAACAGUGACCUGCAAAAUGGAAAAUGGCGCCGCAUCGCCGCCGGUGCCUAAGGUAGGGGUGGCGGUGUUUUUAUUAAAUGGAAAUAAGGUGCUGUUAGGCCGUCGCCUCUCUUCCGUCGGCUACAACACCUUCGCCCUCCCCGGCGGACACCUAGAGUUCGGAGAAAGUUUUGAAGAAUGUGCAGCCAGGGAGGUGAAGGAGGAGACCGGAUUGGAUAUUGAUAAAACCGAGUUCUUGACAGUUGUCAACAAUGUGAUGAUCACAGAGAAAGUGCACGUUGUUUGCAUCCUAUUACGAGCAAUCCUGGCUGAUCCUGCUCAGGUUCCACAAAAUGUUGAGCCUGAGAAGUGUGGUGGUUGGGAAUGGUAUGAUUGGAACGAGCUCCCAAAGCCACUCUUUGGACCUUUGGAGGAUGUGGUUCAGGCUGGGUUUAAUCCAUUCCCUACAAACUAAAACCAUUUCCUUAGAUUAUUGCAGAUUUUCCGAUGGAUCAAACCUCCAUUUGCUGGAGAAUGCUGCUGCAAUAUGAGCUUAGACCUUAGCACGAUCUGUUUAUUAUAAUAUUCGUAGUCUCUAAUCUAUUCGGGAAAAGUUUUAUGAAAACUAAUAUUAUGUCAAUCCACUUUGCUGGUUGCUACAAGUAUGUUGAUGUGGGUAUAAUUAAGUUGAGGUGAAAGUGAUGAGAGGAAUAUAUUAUUAGUUAUAUAUAUGUAAAAUGUUGAAGUGUAUUUGUGGCGUUCACUUGUAACACAUCAUCCGUAAAAACCUCAUUGGAGGAGUUUUUUUGGCAAA